AUGCGUUCAAUAACAAAAAAAUUUCGUCAAUAUCAAUCCUUAGCAUUGUUUUCUCAAUCAUCAAAUACGAUAGAUAGCAGUACGUUUAGUUUUAAUAUUGAACAAUUAGAACAAUCAAUAAAAGUUGAUGUUGAAUCUCAUAUAUUAUUAAAUUUAUUAGUAUAUGCUAAAGAAUUAAACGAUUUAUUUUAUAAUGAUGAACGUUUUUCAAAUAAUUAUUUUCAGCAAAUUGAAAAUAAUCUUUCAUAUAUACAAUCGAAUAAAUUGAUAAAUGAUUUAAUAAAAGUAAUUAAAUAUUAUUUUGAAAAAUAUUUAUUAUCAUCUAUAAUAAUACGUUGUUAUAUACAAAUACAUGUACCAUCAUCACAAUCAGGUAAUAAUCAAGGUGUUAAUAUACAAAAUCAAAUAUUAAAAGAACUUGAUGAUAUGAAAAUAAUAAUUGAAACAAAUGAAAAUAUAUUUAUUGAUUAUCAUAAAAAACAUUAUGAAAUAUUAAAAUAUUUAAAUAAAUUUCCAUCUAUUGAAGAUUAUCAUUUAUAUUUAAUAGAAUAUGAAAAAAAAAUUUUCUAUGAUUUACGUUCAAUUAUUUUAGAAUUACGUACGAUUUUUCUAAAAACAUACGAUAUUAUUAUGAAAAAUUUAACUAAAAUUCAAAUGCCUAGAAAUCAACAAAAUAUAUCUAUGAUUAAUUAG